UAGUUAAAAAAAUAUUUUCAUUUGCAGGUUUAUAUAAAGAACAAAUAAGUUAUGCAUUCAGAAGAAGAAGCUGAGUUGAUUGAAAGCAAUGUAUUAAGUGAUUUGAAUUCAAGUCGAGAUAAUUUUACUUCUCUAAGUGCUUAUAGUAAAAAAAAGCUACUUUGGAAUGGGUGGCAAAAGAUUGGAUGGACUUCAGCUUUAUUUUUAGGAUGCUUGUUAGUUUAUUGUGUACGAACUUCAAUGUCAAUAUGCAUUUCUGCUCUGAGUGAUGAACUACAUUGGGAUAAAAAAACCGAAGGUUUUGUACUUACAUCUUAUUUUGCUGGUUAUCUUUUAACAAAUAUUAUUGGUGGUUAUUUGGCAGAUUUCAAAGGUGGAGAAAGAGUAAUAUUUUAUUCAACCUUUGUUUGGUCAUUUUUUACAAUAUUGAUACCAGCUCUAGUGAAUUCUGUUGUUAAAUUUGGAUUUAAAACUGUGAUCGUUUGUCGAUUUAUUAUUGGUUUAAGCCAAGGUAUGUUUUUUCCAUCACUCUCAGCAAUCUUGGCAAAAAGUGUUUCUAUAGAGGACCGAUCUUUUAUAUUUAGCUGCACUUUUUCAGGAUCUUCAAUAGGCACAGUAAUAACAGGACUCUUUGGAACAAUACUUUUGGAACAGGUCCAUUGGUCAAGUGUUUUUUAUUUUUUUGGCAUAGCGUCAUUUUUGUGGGCUUUUUUGUUGAAAUGUUUACAUUGGUCCAAGAAGAAAAACCCACUUGAUACCGAUAACAUUCGUGGAAUAAAAAAAAUAGUUCCUAUAAAAGUUUUACUCUUUAACAAAAGUGUUUUAGCUAUGUUGUUUGCUUAUUUUUCAAUGAGUGUAUCAUUUUAUGUUUUUUUGUCUUGGAGUCCAACAUAUUUCCAUGAAACUUAUCCAAAAGGUAAGGCUUGGCUUUUUAAUGUACUUCCUUAUUUAGCGAGUUUCUUGCUUUCUCUUGGUUCUGGUAAAGUAGCAAAUAUGUUGAUUGUAUGUGGGUUUUCGGUUACAUUUGUAAGAAAGCUGUUUGGAUCCCUGUUAUUUCUUGGAAUGUGCUUUUUUUCUUUAUUGUUGGCUGCAACUCAUUCAUUUGAAACAACUUUAUUUGUAAUGACAUUGAAUAUUGGUAUGAAUGCAUUUGCUGCCUCAUCAGUAGCUAUCAAUCCUCAAGAUCUUUCUCCAGAACAAGCAGGUGUUUUAUAUGGAGUUGCAAACACAUGUGGUGCCCUUGGUGGAUUUCUUGGAGUUUUGAUUUCAGGAAUCAUCUUAAGCAAUUCUGGUGAAUGGUUUAGAGUUUUUAUCAUGACAUCAGUAAUUUCAUUCCUUGGAUUUUUAGUUUACAUAAUGUAUGGCAGUGGUAAAAAAGUAAAGCCUCAGUUUUGAAUUAAAAAUUUCAAAAUUCUGGUUCAUAUAAGUUGUUUAUUGUUUUAGGAGCGUAGAACUUGACACUUAAAAAAUACAUUAGUUAUAUGAAGUGUUUGUUAAAAUUUUUUAAAGAUUUUUUUUUUUAUAUAUAUUUUUUAAAGUUUUUACUAUUUAAAUUUUCACUUUUUAAAGAUAUUUAUUGCCACACAUUUUUCAAUUGUUAUUUGAUAUUUUUAUUGAACUGAAUAUAUUUAUUUUUUACACAAGUCACAAUUGUUGUCAAAUAUAUUUAUUUUUUUUAUAUGUUUAUUUAUAAAUUUGUUUAUAUUUCUGUAGAAUGCUAUUCUUUUUCUUUUUCUUUUUUUUAUAGUUGUUUAACACAUUUGUAUUUGACUUUUGAUCCUCUUCUAUAUUUCUACAUUUUUUAAAAUUAUUUGUUGUGUAUUUGAUUAUGCUUUUAUAAGUAAUUAUAUUUCAUCUAUUGUUUUACUAAUUAUGUAACUUUUACAUUGCAAAAAGGAUUUUGCUUUAUUAAAUAGGUACCAUCAACAAUUAAAAAGGGUUUUGUUUUACUUAAAACAAAACUUUAACGAGGAUUUUAGUUAAAAUACCUUUACUGCUUAAACAUGUUUAUUUAGAUAGAGUUGUGAUUGUAAUGGUUUAGGUAUCAAAAAUAUAGACUCGCCUUAAAAACACAGCUUUGUAUUGCAAUUGGGUAUCAAUGGAUUUUACCUGAACCCAUACUCGAUUUAUUAUCCUGGCAAAAUACCAUAUUAAACCAUAAAUUCUGAAAAAUUGAGUUAGUGCUGCUCUGUUGUGUGUGGUUAUAGAUCUGAUAAAUGGAUGCAUCUCACUCAUUUAGUUCACUUGUGGUUCAUACUCUUUGAAAUUGUUUUUUGUUUUCUUUUUUUUAGUAUCAUAGAACGUUGAAGCUAACAGAAAAAAAGGUAAAAAAAAAAUCUACAAAAAGAAUCUUUUUUUAUAUUAAUUCAAAUUAUUCUAUUCAGCUAUUUUUAUAAAGGAUAACAUAACUUUCGCAAAAUAAUGUGUCUAAUUUUAAUUGCUCUGGAUAUCAUAUGACCCAUACUCAAACCAUUUUAUUAAUGGGUGUGAUGGUCUUGUCUUGUAGAUCUGUUAAAAAAAAUUAUCAGACUGGGUUGGGUCUGCAUUUGACUUGUUACCAGAUUAUGUUUAAGCAAUAUUCAAAAUUCUGUUUCAUUUCACAGCUAUGUAGAAAAUACAUUGCAAUUUUAAAGAUUUUUUUUUUAGUUUUUUUUUUUCUUGACAUCACAAUCAUGUAAUCAUUUUUUUAAAAAAGCAAAUUUGUUUAAAAUGUGUGCUGUUUUUAUUAUUUUAUUCAAAAAUGUUAAGAAUUAUAAAAGAAAUACAAGAUGCAAUUUUAUUUUUUUACAAAUGUUGUAUAACUUAUGUUUUUAAGUUUUGUAGUUGAAAUUUUCCCUAGAAUUUCUGGAUAUUAGGCAAGGCUUGAAGUGUUUUUCUUUAUUUUUGAUUAAUUUAUUUUUUAAAGUUGUUACAAAUUCAAAUUUUGAAAUUAAAAACAAAAAGUUUGAGCUUUUUAAAUACUUUUAAAAAUAAUUUUCAUAUUAAUUUUUAUCAGCCGCACCUUUUUUGUACCCAGAAAAUUUCUAGAUUUUUUUGAAGUAAAAAUGUCAUGUCUAUGUUUUUUAUUUUUUUUUAUUAUUAAAUUUAUUUUUUGAAGCCUCAAUAAACUUUUUGCAAAAGCAUUAUUUUAAACAAAUUUUGAAAUAUUGUUAAAUAUAAAAACUAUUAGUUAUUUUUUAUUCAUAUGUGUUAUAUCUUUUUAUUUUUGUGUUUGCAAUACUGACAUGAUUACAAUAUGGUUCCUUAAUUUUUGUAGUAUUAAAAAAGCUAACAAACAUGAUUUUAACUUGUUAAAAUUCUUUUUUUUUUUUUAGAGUAUAAUGACUUAAGAAGUUUUUGUUACUUUUACAAAAGAAAAAAUGUAACAAGAAAUAAAUAUAAAUGGUAUCUUAGAUUCAUACAAGGUUGUAUUCAAAGUAAAAGACUACAUUAUGAUGAACAUUUAUUCCUUGAAUUAGUUUAUUGAUUCACUUACGAUAUUAGUGAGCUUACUGAAAUUAGUGAAGAUAUAUCAUAACACACUGAAUAUAUGUUUUGUCUUGA